AUGAGGCAGAAGGAGGAGAUACACAGAGGAAAACAACUCACAAAUCCUCAUGUGGAACUUCAAUUUUCGGAUGCGAAUGCCAAGUUUUACUGUCGGCUGUACUACGUAGGAGAAUUCCAUAAGAUGCGUGAAGUGGUUCUGGGCAGCAGUGAAGAAGAUUUCAUUCGCUUCCCUUUCUCAUUCAUCACCCUGGCAGGCCCGGGAGAUGAUAGAUUCAUUUUGAAGCAAAUGCCCCGCUUGGAAGUCCAGUCUUUCCUUGACUUUGCACCACACUACUUCAAUUAUAUCACAAAUGCUGUUCAACAAAAGAGGCCCACUGCUUUGGCCAAAAUUCUUGGUGUUUACAGAAUUGGUUAUAAGAACUCUCAGAACAACACUGAGAAGAAGUUAGAUCUCCUUGUCAUGGAAAACCUGUUCUAUGGGAGGAAGAUGGCACAGGUUUUUGAUUUGAAAGGUUCACUUAGAAAUCGAAAUGUAAAAACUGACACUGGGAAAGAGAGUUGUGAUGUAGUUCUACUGGAUGAAAACCUCUUAAAGAUGGUUCGUGACAACCCUCUGUAUAUUCGUUCCCAUUCCAAAUCUGUGCUGAGAACUUCCAUCCAUAGUGAUGCCCAUUUCCUUUCGAGCCACCUCAUUAUAGACUAUUCUUUGCUGGUUGGUCGAGAUGACACUAGCAAUGAGUUGGUAGUUGGAAUCAUAGAUUAUAUUCGAACAUUUACAUGGGACAAAAAGCUCGAGAUGGUUGUGAAGUCAACAGGAAUUUUAGGAGGCCAAGGUAAAAUGCCAACCGUGGUCUCUCCAGAGUUGUAUAGGACUAGAUUUUGUGAAGCAAUGGACAAGUAUUUCCUGAUGGUGCCAGACCACUGGACAGGGUUGGAUUUGAAUUGCUGAAAUCGUGCAGAUGAUUUGAAACA